AUGUCCAGCACUGCCGACUCCAUAGAACCUUCCAGUUCAAGUCCUCCAGCCCUGGUUCAGCCUACAUAUACCCAAGAACAAGUUAUGCAGAUGCUCGGCACUCUGCUGUCACACACAACCACUCAACAACCCAUUCAACCAGCUCCUAACCCACAGCCUACUGCCCCAGCAUUUAUUGCUGCUCCAGUCACUGAACAUAAGUCUCUUUUUGCUGCCUUUCCUUGUCUCGAGCCAGACACGCUGCUGUUGAUGGUUGAUCCUUUGGAUAUCAACGUCUUAAUAAUCCUUCGAGUGCUUCUUGGCGUAAUGUGUGUGAGAGAGAGGUUAGAGAAUGGUGGAAUCAAGGUCGACGAAGGUCCUAGAUCGUGCAGAGGCGAUGUCGCCGCUACUCAUGCCAUGAGCAAUGUAGAAACGACCUCCCGUGGUGACGCGUUGCGCGAAUACUUAACUUCUCAUCGGUCAUCCCGGAAAAUCCCGCGUGGGGAACAAUUGCCCCCGAUCAGAUCAAUGAAGUUAUUCAAAUACCUCGCUAUAUUCCCCGAGGAACCGCUCCUUGUGCAACCAGCCUUUGGGUUUGGCUAUCAUCCAGUAACUAUUGGCCAAUACCUACAACGUUCUCCAAAUUUCCGGGUCGUGCGCAAGUUCGGCCACGCUGCUGCUGCAACUCUGUGGCCUUGUGAGGAACUAGAUCUCAGACAUAUUUUGCCUCCGUCAAGAUACUGA